UCCCUGGCUCGGUUCAGAGACCACUCUUCUCAGCUCAGCUGAACACCUCCUGGAAGACACCGCCUCCUAGAGACCAGAAGCUGACCAUGCUUUCUGUGUUUGGACUCGCCGUCUCGGCCACCGAGCUCCUUCUGGCCUCUGCCAUCUUCUGCCUGGUAUGCUGGGGGAUUAGAACCUGGAAGACACCGGUCCCUAAAGGCCUGAAGAGUCCCCCAGGGCCCUGGGGCUGGCCCCUGAUCGGACACGUGCUGACCCUGGGGAAGAACCCGCACCUGGCGCUGGCGCGGCUGAGCCAGCAGUAUGUGGACGUGCUGCAGGUGCGCAUUGGCAGCACACCUGUGCUGGUGCUCAGCGGCCUGGACACCAUCCGGCAGGCCUUGGUGCGACAGGGGGAUGACUUCAAGGGCCGACCUGACCUCUACAGCUUCAGCCUGGUCGCUGAUGGUCAGAGCCUGACCUUCAACCCUGACUCUGGACCAGUGUGGGCUACUCGCCGGCGCCUGGCCCAGAACGCCCUGAAGAGCUUCUCCAUGGCCGCAGACCCAGCCUCUGCGUCCUCCUGCUACCUGGAGGAGCACGUGAGCAAGGAGGCCGAGUUUCUCAUCAACAAGUUCCAGGGGCUGAUGGCACAGGAUGGGCACUUUGACCCUUGUAGGUACUUGGUGGUGUCGGUGGCCAACGUCAUCUCUGCCAUUUGCUUUGGCCGCCGCUAUGACCACGACGACCAAGAGCUUCUUAGCUUAGUCAACUUGAGUAAUGAGUUUGGGGAGGUGAUCGCUUCUGGAAACUCCGCCGACUUCAUCCCCAUCCUCCGCUACCUGCCCAACUCCAUCCUGAAGGGCUUCAAGGACCUGAAUGAAAAGUUUUUUGUUUUCAUCCAGAAAAUAGUCGAGGAGCACUACAAGACCUUUGAGAAGGGCCACAUCCGGGACAUCACAGACAGCCUGAUUGAGCACUGUCAGGACAAGAAGCUCGAUGAGAACGCGAACAUUCAGUUGUCCGACAGCAAGAUUGUUAAUGUCGUCAUGGACCUCUUCGGAGCUGGCUUUGACACAGUCACAACCGCCAUCUCCUGGAGCCUUAUGUACCUUGUGACGAGCCCGAGGGUACAGAGAAAGAUCCAGGAAGAACUGGACACAGUGAUUGGCAGGGCGAGGCAGCCCAGACUCUCCGACAGGCUCCAGCUCCCCUACCUGGAAGCCUUCAUCCUAGAGACUUUCCGACACUCCUCUUUCCUGCCCUUCACCAUCCCACACAGCACCACGAGAGACACCACUCUGAAUGGCUUUUACAUCCCCAAGGGCCGUUGUGUCUUUGUGAACCAGUGGCAAAUCAACCAUGACCAGAAGCUGUGGGGUGAUCCAUCUGAGUUCUGGCCUGAAAGGUUUCUCGCCACAGAUGGCACCGUCAACAAGGUGCUGAGCGAGAGGGUGAUUCUCUUUGGCAUGGGCAAGCGGAAGUGCAUCGGGGAGACCAUUGCCCGCUGGGAGGUCUUCCUCUUCCUGGCCAUCCUGCUGCAACAGAUGGAGUUCAGCGUGUUGCCAGGCAAGAAGGUGGACAUGACCCCCAUCUAUGGGCUGACCAUGAAGCACCCCCGCUGUGAACACUUCCAGGUGCAGCUGCGAUCGUAGGGGCCUCGGUGUUCCAGGGCUAGACCCUGUUUACCUGGCUUAUGUGGGCAGCCAGGUCAGGGGGCUCAAGCUUUGCCCAGAAACUCACACCCAUUGGUCUGGCUGACUUUUUGCUGUCUGGGUGUGAGUGGACACACCCCUCUGCGUGCUGACCACACACAGUGGACACAGCAGAGUUCACACAGGAACUGAGGCAGCCUUCUGAAGUGUGCUGGGGUUACGAGGUCUGGUCAAGCUAGGUAGUCCUGACGCCUCUGUGACUCAUUGAAGAAUUUUCUGGAAACCCUGGGGGGGCAGUGGCAAGCUGGAAGACUGCCCAGUUUUAAUAGUUGGGAGCAGUGGAGAGUGAAGGCAGCCCCAGAUACUGGCAGAGAAGUGGGUGCUGCACUUGAACAAGGCGAAGCCAUGUAGCUGACUGGUGUGGGAAGACCACCUUCCUCUGCCCUCCCAGCGGGCAGGAGCAGGGCUUCCUCCUGGCUCAGUGAGGCUGCGGCUCCUGUCCCAGAAGGACUGGGGACCUGUGUCUCCAUGAGCCGCCGAGGGCAGAGGGCAUGCUGUACCCAAGCCCCAGGCUGCGGUCAGAGGGUUUAUUUCAAUCACAUUUCAUUCGAGCCCUUCCCUAUGCUCUGUAUGAAAAUGCCUUUUUUUAAAAAGUUUCUACGCAAGGCCUUUUUAUUCUAGCCUACAUUGUACUUGCAUGUUUGCAUUGAUCACAUGUUAUAGUUUAAGAGCCAUUUAUUUUAUGCAAGGGAGAAAAUUCUAACCCAAGUUUCCAGCAGUGUUUGGCAUAUCGCUACCUGAGCUUAAUAAAGAUAUUAUGCCAAGGCCCUGCAGGAGAAUGUUGGCAUGUUGAAUGACAUCAUCAAUGAUUUAUCUGUACAUAUCCCCUGGACCCUGUCUUAUGCAGGUGAACAUGGAGAGGAGGAGGAGGGGCAGACAAGGUGAAUGAAGCCUCUACUUUCCAGGCUUCCUCCCUCUCUAACUUGCCCUCGGGUGAUGGAGAGGAUUCCCUGGACCAGUCACGGGGUGUUUAAGGGGAAUAAAGCAGAAUCCUUGUU